AUGAAGGGGAAGAAGCGGGGUCGCGUGGCGGCACAGCAGCAGCAGCGCCUGCACCUGAAGGCCAAGGGCAUGAAGGUCUCCGCAAAGCACGGCGGUGGCGGCGGCGGCGGAGGCGGCGGCGCGGCGCACGCGACGACGCUAGAGCAGGAGAUGGACGACGAGUUCCUCCUCGAGCAAGCCGCCAAGCGGCGGCGCGCGCCGAAGCAGCGGCGGCGGCAGGGGGAGGGGGAAGGGGACGAGGAGGGCGUGAUCGGCGCGGGGAUGAGCGCGCGGAUUCUCAAGGAGGCGCGGAAGCAACAGCAGGAGGUCGCGCGGGAGAUGGAGAAAGAGCGCGGCCUGGACGGGGCGCGCGAGGCGUUCGACCUCGCCGCCGCCGUGGCGGCUCGGGAGCGCGAGCAGGAGGAGCGGGAGGAGGAGGCGGGGGAAGCGGGGGAGGAGGGGGAGGAGCGGGAUCCAGAAGCGGCGGCAGCGGCGGCUGCUGACGUGGAGAAAAUCCUAAGCGACGCGAGACGAGGGCGGGAGUAUAUAGAGGGGGGGGAGGAGCGGGAGGAGGGAGAAGCGGAGGAGGAUGAGGAUGAUGACGAGGAUGGGGAGUAUGGCGCGUUUUCAGAAACAGCGAGCAUGUAUAACGAUGCUGUGGCGGACGAGGUGACGGAGGAGGACGAGCGGGCGAUCGCCGUCUUCCUCGCAGGAGGAGGCGCGGCGCCACGUCAGCGCACGCUGGCUGACGUCAUCAUGGCGAAAAUCCAGGAGGCGACAGCUGGCGGGGCGGCGGGCGCAGUUGGGGGUGCUGGCGGUUCAGGGGGUGUAAGAGGAGGGGAGGGAGGAGAAGAAGCAGAGAGGCGGAUUCCGGGAGUGGAUGAGAAAGUAAUGGAGGUGUAUCGAGGUGUGGGGAAGCUUCUGAGUCGGUACCGGUCCGGCAAGGUGCCAAAGGCAUUCAAGAUCGUGCCAGCACUGAGCAACUGGGAGGAUGUGCUUUUCCUUACAGACCCUGACAGCUGGACGCCUGCUGCUGUCUUUGCCGCCUCUCGUCUCUUUGCGUCGAAUCUCAACGCUCGUGCCGCCCAGAGGUUUUACCGGCUGGUGCUGCUGCCGAGAGUGCGGCGGGAUAUUAGGGUUAAUAAGAAGCUGCACUUUGCACUGUACCAGUCGCUAAAGAAGGCGGUUUAUAAGCCUGCCGCGUUCUAUAAAGGGGUGUUGCUGCCGCUGUGCCAGUCCCAGACUUGCACGCUACGUGAGGCGGUCAUUAUAGGGAGCGUCAUUCAGAAGGUGUCCAUUCCAGUUCUACACUCCAGUGUUGCUCUGAUGAAGAUUGCAGAGAUGCAGUAUGCCGGCACAAACAGCUACUUCAUGAAGCUUCUGCUGGACAAGAAGUAUGCCUUGCCAUAUCGAGUCAUUGAUGCGGUGGUUGGACACUUCCUGCGUUUCCACUCUGAGACCCGCGAGCUGCCAGUAAUCUGGCACCAAUGCUUGCUCUCCCUCGUCCAAAGGUACAAGAAUGAGUUGACCCAAGAGCAAAAGGCUGAUAUCAAGUCUCUCAUCACCAGCCGUCAGCACCAUCACUUGAUGUCACCAGAGGUUCUCCGAGAACUCCAAAGUUCUACCCGGUCCCGAGGGCAGCCUGAUGCUGCAAUGUUCACGUUCUCAUCCAAUGCCACAAUGAGACCAUUGGUUGUCACAAAGCCCUUGGAAGAUGACUACCGUAAUCUCCCUGAAGUCCACAUUGGGAUGGAUGAAGACUAUUGA